CGGAACUACGAGGUUGAACAAGACCGCAGCACCUACAGACGGUCAACUGCUUGAGCUGGAGCGAUGCCAGCUUGCUGUUCGUGGGCAUGAUGGCAUCCGUUUUAGCACUGACAUGCAGAAGAGCGAUCUCAACAUGAUCCUUUGGAAGUAUUUCGAGCGGCCUAUGACCUGGAUCAAGGACAAUUGGGUGCCCUCUGAGGGUGAUCCAUACGGCGACUAUCCGUGGUUCUUGCUCAAUAAGACUCGGAACACCCUGAGUGUUGCUGAGUCACCGGGCUAUCUCGCAGAUGGUCAAUCACUCAAAGAACAAGCGAAGGCAUACGGACAUGACAAUACACUUUCCAAUAUGACAGUGUUGUUUGUGUCGCGCAUCAGGAUUCCGCAGUCAGUCUACUCCACAUGGAGCGCUCUUCCGAACGCUCUGCUGUUGUCAGAUGCAGAGGAUGAUCAGACGGACUCGAGCUCAGAUAUCAAUGGCUCACCUCAGCCAUACCGUCGGUCAUUGCGCCUUCAAUCCCAGCAGUCAAAGCUUCGGAAGCCAGCGCACAAACGGGCGCGUAUAGACUCGGAUCCGGAUGAGGAGACGGAGGUAGAGGAGGUGGUGGAACAAGUACAGAUGUCACUGAAAGCGAAGGGAAAGCAGAAGGCAAACCCCGAGAAAGCCUCAGAUUCCGAAGAUGGAGGUGGUCCCUCGACGCUGAAGCUCACUCGUACCUUGGAAAGCAUUGAUCUCUCUCGAGAUGAAGAGAUUGUUGAUGCACCGACUACGGGCAACGACACAGACGGCUCUCCAGUUGCAAUCUCAGAUGAUGACGACGAUGACCGUGCGAUUGAGAGAGGUCUUCUUGACUUCUUUUCGCGCUCGCGCUCGCGCUCGAUGCCUCGUGCUUCACAGUCCCUUCCUACUCCUUCCAACACUGAUACUGCUGCACCUUCUUCUUCCAAUAUGGCCUCAUGUUCAGUACUGCUGGCAACUGCUACAUCAACGUCGACACUGCCAGUUCCUGAUGCUCCAUCUCAGGAUGUAGGACUCGGAGCUCGUGCAAGGCGCCGAGCGAAUCGUCCAUCAAUUCCAAGACCAAAGAAGAGUCUUUGGUAGAGCAUGCACGUACGUACCAGUACCAUGUACCUUGGUCAUGUACUAUCACUUACUAGUACGUGCUUGCCACGUAGUAGUGUCAUCGUA